AAGCAACGUUCUUAAGAUUAAAACCAUUUUUCAUUUAAUUUUAAUUCUUUAUUUCCUAAGAUUUAUGCUAAGGCACCACCGUUAAAGAUGGUCUUAUUGAUGCUCUUAAAAGGAUCUACGAUAUCUAUACAUAGAUUUUAAAAAAUGGCAAUGGAAUGCAUAGCAACGGUCCCUCAAAGAUUUAGUGAAAACAAGACCAAAGAGGAUUCUUCGAUCUUCGAUGCAAAGCUCCUAAAUCAGCACUCAAACCACAUACCUCAACAAUUCGUAUGGCCUGACCACGAGAAACCUUCUACGGAUGUUCAACCUCUCCAAGUUCCUCUCAUAGACCUAUCCGGUUUCCUCUCCGGCGACUCGUUCUUGGUCUCGGAGGCUACUAGACUCGUCUCGGAGGCUGCAACGAAACAUGGCUUCUUCCUAGUCACUAACCAUGGUGUCGAUGAGAGCCUCUUGUCCCGUGCCUAUCUGCAUAUGGACUCUUUCUUUAAGGCCCCGGCUUGUGAGAAACAGAAGGCUCAGAGGAAUUGGGGUGAGAGCUCCGGUUACGCUAGUAGCUUCGUCGGGAGAUUCUCCUCGAAGCUCCCGUGGAAGGAAACGCUGUCGUUUAAGUUCUCUCCCGAGGAGAAGAUACAUACCGAAACCGUAAAAGAGUAUGUUUCUAAGAAAAUGGGAGAUGGAUACGAAGAUUUCGGGAAGGUUUAUCAAGAAUACGCGGAGGCCAUGAACACUCUCUCACUAAAGAUCAUGGAGCUCCUUGGAAUGAGUCUUGGGCUCGAGAGGAGAUAUUUUAGAGAGUUUUUCGAAGAGAACGAGUCAAUAUUUCGGUUGAAUUACUACCCGCAGUGCAAGCAACCGGAGCUUGCACUAGGGACAGGACCCCACUGCGACCCAACAUCUCUAACCAUACUUCAUCAAGACCAAGUUAGUGGUCUUCAAGUUUUCGUGGACAACAAAUGGCAAUCAAUUCCUCCUAACCCUCACUCUUUCGUGGUGAAUAUAGGCGACACCUUCAUGGCUCUAACGAAUGGAAGAUACAAGAGUUGUUUGCAUCGGGCGGUAGUGAACAGCGAGAGAGAAAGGAAGACAUUUGCAUUCUUCCUAUGUCCGAAAGGAGAAAAAGUGGUGAAGCCACCCGAAGAACUAGUAGGAGGAGUGAUGUCUGGUCAAAGAGAGUAUCCUGAUUUUACAUGGUCUAUGUUUCUUGAGUUCACACAGAAGCAUUAUAGGGCAGACAUGAACACUCUUGAAGAGUUCUCAAUUUGGCUUAAGAACAGAAGAAGUUUCUAAAAUUGAGGAGACAGUGUUGUGGUCCAGUCCAGAAGGUGACUUUUUUUUUCUUUUUUGUUUCUUUUAUUAUCUUGCUUUAGGUUGUCUGGUGUAAAAUAAAAGUAGCAAAUAAAUAAAAUAUAUGUACUCCAUUGGGUCGACU